AAUGCACACAAUGAGUGUUCAAUCAAUGUCAAUGCACACGAUGGGUGCUCAACCCAGUCAAUCAAUGUCAAUGCACACGAUGGGUGUGCAACGCAGUCAAUCCAUGUCAAUGCAUACGAUGGGUGCUCAACCCAGUCAAUCAAUGUCAAUGCACACGAUGGGCGCUCAACGCAGUCAAUCAAUGUCAAUGCAUACGAUGAGUGUUCAACCUAGACAAUCAAUGUCAAUAUACACGAUGGGUGUUCAACCCAGUCAAUCAAUGUCAAUAUACUCCAUAAGUGUUCAACCUAGUCAAUCAAUGUCGAAGUACAGCACAGGUGCUCAACUUUAUUCAAUGUCUCAUUCAAAGCCUAUAUCAGAAACAAUAUCUAUAUCACUAUUAAUGUCAAUGUCAACAUCAAAGACAAUGUCAAUGUCACCUUUGAUGGAGAUGUCACCAUCAAGGUCUAUGUCCGAAUCAAAAUAUAUGUCGCCAUUGAUGACAAUGUCAUCAUCGAAGGCAAUGUCAGAACAAGUGUCAAUGUCACCAUCAGAGUCUAAGCCUGAAUCAAAAUCUAUGUCCCAAUUAAUGUCAAUGAUACCAUUGAAGACAAUGUCAGUGUCACAUAUGAUGUCAAUGUUACCGUCGAAAACAAUGUCAUUAUCACUUUUCAUGGCUAUGUCACCAUCAAAGUCUAUGUCGGAAUCGAAAUCUGUGUCACUAUCAACGAAAAUGACACUAUCAAAGACUAUGAAUGAAAUAAUGUCGAUGUCACCAUCAAAAUCAAUGUCUGAAAUGAAAACAAUUAUGCCAUCAAAGUCAAUGUCAGAAUCAAAAUCUAUGUCAAAAUUGAUGACGAUGAUAGCAUCAAAGUCAAUGUCCAUGUCUGAAUUAAUGUCAACGUCGCCAUUACAGACAAUACCAGAUUCAAAAUCUAUGUCCAAAUUAAUGUCAGUGACACCAUCAAAGUUAAUGUCCAUGUCCAUGACACAGGUGAUGUCAAGUUCGAUGGCCUUAUUAAUAUCACCUUCUCCGUCUGAACAAGUGAUGGUCUCUUCCACAUCAAUUAUCGUUGAGCCAGUUGUUGAAGACAUUGUGUUUGAAACAACCAUAACGAUGGGAAAAGAAUUUACUGAUGACUUAAAAAACAAAACCAGUAAAAAGUUUCAAGAUUUGGCUAAUCAGCUCGUUGAAUUUUUAACUAAUGUCUACACCAACUAUGCUGGAUUCAAAAGCGCUGAAGUCCUUUCAUUUUCAAAUGGAAGUAUUGUUGCAGACACAAGGGUUGUUUUUGAAAAGAAUUCCACCAUAACCAAAGAGAAUGUAACAAAUGCAAUCAAUAAUACCAUCACUGCGGGAAAUAAUACUCUUAACAUUAUUAGUCUGAAUGUUACUCAAAUAAAGACACCACCACUUUCCAGUUCUAGUGUCCAUGUCGGAAGUUCUUUCCAAUCGUCUGUCCUAUUAUCAGUACCUCUGACUUCUAAAGUGAGUGUCCCACACAGUUCCACUGUUAUUAUUCAACACACUCCAUCACCAACGAAAUCCAGUUUCCAUGUUGAUGUGCCAGUUACUCCAUCACCAUCAGAAUCGAGUUCCAAUUUUGUUAUUCCACUUUCUCCAUCACCUUCAGAAUCCAUUCCCAAUGUUGUUGUUCCAGCUACUCCAUUACCAACAGAAUCCAGUUCCAAUAUUGUUGUUCUAGUUAGUCCAUCAUCAUCAGAAUCCAGUCCCAAUGUUGUUAUUCCAGUAACUUCAUCACCAUCAGAAUCCAGUUCCAAUAUUGUUGUUUCAGUUAUUCCAUCACCAUCAGAAUCCAGUCCCAAUGUUGUUAUUCCAGUUACUCCAUUACCAACAGAAUCCAGUUCCAAUAUUGUUGUUCUAGUUAGUCCAUCAUCAUCAGAAUCCAGUCCCAAUGUUGUUAUUCCAGUAACUUCAUCACCAUCAGAAUCCAGUUCCAAUAUUGUUGUUUCAGUUAUUCCAUCACCAUCAGAAUCCAGUCCCAAUGUUGUUAUUCCAGUUACUUCAUCACCAUCAGAAUCCAGUUCCAUUGUUGGUGUUCCAAUUACUCAGUCACCCUCAGAAUCCAGUUCCAGUGUUGUUGUUCCAGUUACUCCCUCACCUUCAGAAACCAGUUCCAGUGUUGUUGUUCAAAUUACUCCUUCAUCUUCAGAAUCCAGUUCCAGUGUUGUUGUUGUUCCAGUUACUCCAUCACCAUCGGAAUCUAAUUCCAGUGUUGUUGUUCCAAUUACUCAAUCACCAUCGGAAUCCAGUUCCAGUGUUGUUGUUCCGGUUACUCCAUCACCAUCUGAGUCCAGUUCCAGUAUUUUUGUUGUUCAAAUUACUCCUUCAUCAUCAGAAUCCAGUUCCAGUGUUGUUGGUGUUUCAAUUACUCAAUCAUCAUCCCAUUCCGGUUCCAGUGUUGUGGUUCCAACUACUCCAUCACCAUCGGAAUUCAGUUCCAUUGUUGGUGUUCCAAUUACUCAAUCACCAUCAAAAUUCAGUUCCAAUGUUGUUAUUCCAGUUACUUCAUCACCAUUUGAAUCCAGUUCCAUUGUUGAUGUUCCAAUUACUCAAUCACCAUCAGAAUCCAGUUCCAUUGUUGUUGUUCCAGUUCCUCCAUUACCAUCAGAAUCCAGUUACAUUGUUACUAUUCCAAUUACUCAAACACCAUCAGAAUCCAGUUCCAAUGUUGUUGUUCCAGUUACUUUAUCACCAUCUGAAUCCAGUUCCAUUCUGGUGUUCCAAUUACUCAAUCACCAUCAGAAUCCAGUUCCAUUAGAAUCCAGUUACAUUGUUACUAUUCCAAUUACUCAAACACCAUCAGAAUCCAGUUCCAAUGUUGUUGUUCCAGUUACUUUAUCACCAUCUGAAUCCAGUUCCAUUGUUGGUGUUCCAAUUACUCAAUCACCAUCAGAAUCCAGUUCCAUUGUUGUUGUUCCAGUUCCUCCAUUACCAUCUGAAUCCAGUUACAUUGUUACUAUUCCAAUUACUCAAUCACUAUCAGAAUCCAGUUCCAAUGUUGUUGUUCCAGUUACUUCAUCACCAUCAGAAUCCAGUUCCAUUGUUGAUGUUCUAAUUACUCAAUCACCAUCAUCAGAAUCCAUUUCCAUUGUUGGUGUUCCAAUUACUCCAUCACCAUCAUUAGAAUCCAGUUCCAGUGUUGUUGUUUCAAUUACUCAAUCACCAUCGGAACCCAGUUCCAGUGUUGUUGUUCCAGUUACUUCAUCACCAUCUCAAUCCAGUUCCAUUGUUGGUGUUCCAAUUACUCAAUCACCAUCGGAAUCCAGUUCCAGUGUUGUUGUUCCAGUUCCUUCAUCACCAUCUGAAUCCAGUUCCAGUGUUGUUGUUCCAGUUACUCCAUCACCAUCAGAAUCCAGUUCCAGUAUUGUUGUUCCAGUUACUCCAUCACCAUCAUUAGAAUCCAGUUCCAGUGUUGCUGUUUCAGUUUCUCCAACUCCAUCUACAUCCAUUUCCAGUGUCAAAGCCGUGACAAGCUCUGUUUCCGUUGCCACAACGUCUCCCACCGAUUCUCCAACAACCCUUCCUACAGCGGGAAUAACUACCUUCGGAAUUGUGAUGACAAUUGACCGCGAUUAUGACAACCAAUUGAGUAAUAGCAACAGUCAAGAAUAUAAAGAUUUAAGUUCAAAUAUUGAGGUUUUCCUGAUAACAUUGUAUCAACCAUUCCCCGGAUUUCUUCGCAUUAGGAUUAAUUCAUUUUCACCAGGAAGCGUCAUUGUGGAUUUUGAUGUGAUAUUCAACUCGACUGAAGCUAACACUACCGUCCAAGAAGUUAUUGAGCCAAUCCAAAAAGCGAAGGCUGAUCCCAACGCACCAUUUAAGAUUUUAUCAGUAGCAGAAAGAGGGGUUGAGGAUGACGAUGGAAUGGAAACGUGGUUAAUAGUAUUGAUUGUUGGCUUGGCUGUUUUAUUCGUAAUUCUAGUUUUGGUUGCCACUCUAGUUAUUUUGUGUAAACGUAGUUCAAAGUCGUCGAGUGAAUAUAAUAGCUACAAUUUGGAAGAAGGUGGUAAUCACUUAGCUUUGGACUACGAUUUGUACUCCUAUGAUAACGCGGAAAUGUUUUCAAAAGCUGCAUCAACGCAAGGCUACUCAGAGCCAGACGUAAUAAUCGUCGAGAAAGAUACUUUUCUCUAAUUGCGAAAUUUUAUAGCAAUGUCGUUCAUUCACGUGUAACUAUAUAUUUAUUAAAGAACGAAAAUGGAGGAACUAGUGAGUAUCGAGAGGUGCGAGCAACCUCGAUAAAAUAUUAGAUGUUGCACUGAGUUAAGAUUUAAUAUGAUAGGAUUGAGUAUAGGAGCUCCACAGAGAUGAAUGUAGCGGCUAAUAUGCCAGAGGACCUAUAGUUGACUCAUUUUUCCAUCAACUGUUACGGGCUUGAAUUUCAAGUGUGUAUAAUACCACUCGAAA